GAGAGAGAGAGAGAGAGAGAGAGAGAGAGUUUAAAGCUCUAUUUUAAAUUUGGAUCGUGCUACAUAUAUCGAGAAUAUGUACAAAUUUGAUGACCGAAUCGGACUUUAUCUGAUGAUGAAGUCUAGGCUUGCCCGGACUUCAUCCUAUUCGGACUUCAUCCAAUGAUGAAGUCCCGACUUCAUUGCCCGAACUUCAUCCUAGAUGAACCCUGACCGGGUUUAAUCCGCAAAUUAAGCCCAAUAAGACCUAAUCGGGCUUAAUUCAUAAAGUAUAACCAGGCUUCAUCUAGAGGCAACAGCAACGAGGUGACGAGAUGGUGCAAAGGUGGUCGGCGUGAGGCACUACGGCGAGGCGACGAUAGGAUGCAACGGUGAUCGCGUGAGGCGCUGCAACGAGGCGAUGAUAGGAUGCAUUGACAGUCGGUGAGGCGUGUCGCGAGGCGACGCAAGGUGAGAUGAAGGCGAUGAGGCGCGUCGUGAGGCGACGGGGGCGACGAUGAGGCGAGGCGAGGUGAAGCAAGCUUGCUGGAGGAUGCCAUGGCUAAGGAGAGAGGAGACAACCAAGGAUAGGGGUGGUGAAUCUGUAAAUUGGCUUAUUCAGCUUGAGGGAAAGAAUGAGUUGCUUCGGAUGUUGCAUGAAAGAUAAUCUGCAAAAAGCUCCUGAUAAUGGAUCAUUCAUGGCAAACAACUCAUCAGGAAACAACGGAAGUUACCAUGCUACUGAAACUGCAGUUGAGGACAAAAAAACUCUAGAUAUUCAGCCUAUUGCUGUCCCUGCUCUGAUAGUGGACGAAUUGAAGGAAAUGACAGACAACUUUGGGUCAAAGGCAUUAGUUGGUGAGGGAUCAUACGGAAGAGUUUACUACGGUCUUCUCAAAAGUGGAAAGGCAGCUAUUAAAAAGUUAGACUCCAGUAAGCAGCCAGAACAAGAAUUUUUAGCACAGGUCUCUAUGGUAUCAAGAUUGAAACAUGACAACGUUGUUCAGCUUACUGGUUAUUGUGUUGAUGGUGGUAUUAGAGUCCUUGCUUAUGAGUAUGCUUCCAGUGGAUCCCUUCAUGACAUUCUUCAUGGGCGGAAAGGUGUGAAGGGAGCACGGCCUGGUCCAGUUCUAUCAUGGGCACAAAGGGUUAAAAUUGCUGUUGGAGCUGGAAAAGGACUCGAAUAUUUACAUGAAAAAGCACAGCCUCAUAUAAUUCAUCGGGACAUCAAGUCUAGCAAUGUCUUACUUUUUGAUGAUGAUGUUGCCAAAAUUGCAGAUUUCGACCUGUCCAAUCAAGCCCCUGAUAUGGCGGCACGUUUGCAUUCCACUCGUGUUUUAGGAACCUUUGGUUAUCAUGCUCCAGAAUAUGCAAUGACUGGACAACUGAGCUCAAAGAGUGAUGUUUAUAGCUUUGGUGUUGUCCUCUUGGAACUCUUGACUGGGCGUAAACCUGUUGAUCAUACAUUACCACGUGGGCAGCAGUCACUUGUGACAUGGGCAACGCCAAAACUCAGUGAAGACAAGGUGAAACAGUGUGUGGACCCUAGGUUGGGAGGAGACUACCCUCUGAAAGCAGUUGCUAAGAUGGCUGCUGUUGCUGCCAUGUGUGUUCAAUACGAAGCGAACUUCCGUCCAAACAUGAGCAUUCUUGUUAAAGCUCUCCAGCCGCUGUUGCAUGCUCGAUCUGGGCCUCCCCCCACCGAAAUGCCAAACCUGUGAAUUCUACAUCUGCCCGACUGUUGUGAAAAUCAGAUACAUUUGUUUCAUUGUAAGUUAUCUGUCAAACCAUUUAACCGUACUGGCGCCCUUCAAAUCGUAAGGAAAAAAGAAAGACAUAUUACAGAGGCACUGACUGACUUGAACAUUCAUGUCGAUGCUGUCUUCUAUUUGGCCUGUAUAGGAGGGUUUGAAUUUGAAAUAUAUGCGGGAGCCUCUCUGUUGUUCUUAGAUUGCAUUUUUGUAUUGGUACUAUGAAGAGGAAAGAAACGGAAUACUGUAGAGAUGUAUAGAAUUUGAAGCUGGAUCUGAAGCUUUUGGCCUUUGCUGAUAAUUGCUGUUUCUUUCCUCAACUUUAAAUGCAUGGCCAUAUUUUUCAUGGA